AGUAUCAGCCGGGGUGGCACGUGGGUUGGAGAGGUUGUAGGUGUGCGUGGCUGGAGCUUCUGGCUUAGUCUGUGAUCUUUUUCCUGGCUGUUUCUCCCCACCUGUCCUAGGAUGAAAGUGGUGGCUUUAAUCAGUGGUGGAAAAGACAGCUCUUACAAUAUGAUGCAUUGUGUUGCUGCUGGUCAUCAGAUUGUUGCCUUAGCCAAUUUAAGGCCUACUGAAGACAAAGAAGGAUUUGAUGAGCUGGACAGUUACAUGUAUCAAACAGUGGGCCAUCAAGCUAUAGAAUUAUAUGCUGAAGCUAUGGACUUGCCUCUCUACCGUCACACGAUUAAAGGUACCAGCAUUAACACAGGCAGCAUCUACACAAAAUGUGACGGUGAUGAGGUGGAAGAUCUUUAUCAGCUUCUGAAACUUGUCAAGGAUAAAGAAGGGGUAGAAGCUGUUUCAGUAGGGGCCAUUCUUUCAGAUUAUCAACGAGUCCGUGUGGAAAAUGUUUGUAAAAGGCUUGCUCUGCAGCCUUUAGCAUACCUGUGGCGCCAGAAUCAAGACAAAUUGCUGAGAGAAAUUAUAUCCUUGAAAGUUCAAGCCAUAAUAAUAAAAGUAGCAGCUAUCGGUUUAGAUCCAGAUAAACAUCUAGGAAAAACAUUGGAUGAAAUGGAACCUUAUCUUUUGAAACUUUCUCAGAAGUAUGGAGUCCAUAUCUGUGGAGAAGGGGGAGAAUAUGAAACAUUCACAUUGGAUUGUCCUCUGUUUAAGAAGAAAAUCGUUGUGGACUCAUCAGAAGUGAUUGUGCAUUCAGCAGAUGCAUUUGCCCCUGUGGCUUAUCUCCGCCUGUUAAAGUUGCAUUUGGAAGAUAAGGUACAGUUUGGGGGCAAAAUUCUGCCUGAGAAAUGUUCAUGUGACACAAAAGAAACUGAAGACAGUGCCUGUCCACCUUCAGAUGAGAGAAAGGAAACUCCUUGCAUUACAUGGCAGUUUUUAAGACCACAUUUUGCACAAGAAAAUAAAGCUCUUGAAUUUUCUGGGAAGUCUCUGAAGGGUUACCAGUGGAUAACCGGCAUCAGCACAUACUUUCAUCCAUCGGAAAGAAAAAACAUACAAGAAUUGACAAACGAUGUCCUUUCCUCACUCCAAGCUCAUAUGAAUUUAAAAGGAUUGGCAUUGACAGAUAUUAUUUUGGUCCAUCUGUAUAUGAAGAGUAUGGCCGAUUUUGCAGUGAUAAAUUCAGUCUAUAUGACAGCAUUUGAUUUGUGUCCUCCAGCGAGGGUUUGUGUUGAAGCUCCAUUGACGGAAGACCUGCUAUUUCAGAUGGACUGCCUUGCCCAAAAGGAUGAUAAAAUGAUCUCUGAUGCAUCCCAGAAGCAGGUGAUGCAUGUACAGAGCAUUUCUCAUUGGGCUCCUGCCAAUAUUGGUCCUUACAGUCAGUGCAUACAGGUUGAAGAUACUCUGUAUUGUGCUGGGCAGAUUGCAUUAGUGCCCUGUACUAUGCAACUUACAAGUGGUGGCAUCAAAAAAGAAGCUCUGGUAUCUUUAAACCAUGUUGAAAGAGUCCUGAAAGCCAUGAACUUGAAGGCUGAACUCCAUCACGUACUCAUGGCAAAUUGUUACGUAACAGACAGCAAGUACAUUUCUGUUGCUGAAGCUGUAUGGCAGAGGAAAUUAAAAGAACUUAUAAAAACAAAAGAGGAAGAUAUAAAUAAUGACAUGCCUGCAAUACAUGGAGAACUAGUUGUGGUUGUGGUACCUUUUCUUCCAAGAGCUGCUUCUAUUGAGUGGCAUGUUAUUGCAGUAGUAGACCAACAACAACAGAGGCAAAAACUUACACAGAUGAGGUCAUUGGAAAACUGCCAAAUUAGAUGUGAAGCUAUGCAGUCCUAUCCAACAUGUGCUACCGCUGUUACCCUAUCUUUAACUCUGACUUCAUCAUCAGUUUCUACAAUCAAUUUAGAUGUAAUCCUGCAUGGUAUGGUGGAAAUGUUUAAACAAGUUGUAGAGAAGAUGUCAAAAUAUGGUGACAUAACUCCGUUAAGUUUUAGAACAUUCUUCCGAACAAAUAUUGUCAAAAGGGAAGCACUGAAAACAGGACUCCAAGGACACCUUGAAGAACAAAUGGGCCAAAAAGCACCAGCUUUAAUUAUGGUACCUGUACUGGACUUGCCUGGAAACAAAAUUAUUCACAUAGCAUGCUGGCUCAGCCAAUAAUUAAGGAUCUCACAUUUUAACAUAUAUUCCAUCAUUAAUAUAUAUUCCAACAAGAAAAUAUCCAUCAUGAACAAGAAAACACCAAUAGCAGAGUUAUUGAUGGGUUUAUUAUUACCUGAUAUUAAUAAGUACAUUUAAACUUAGAAUAUUUGUCAACAAUUUUUUCUACCUGCCUUUUGACAGAGAAUUCAGAAAUAAUGCCUGUAAUUCCAAGAUAUUGUAUUUUUCAUAUUAAAAUCAAAAUUAUGAUUCAUUGUGGUUUUUACAGAUAUCAAAUAAAAUUUUUAAAAUGUCUCUUUUUCUACUUAUAUAUUGCAAUAAUUUAGAGCAAACAUUCAAUAUAUUUCCAAUAUGUACCUAUAAAUAUUUUUAACUUCUAUUGAAAUGCAUGUAAGUGUUUUCUUAAAAUGAAGUUAACCUUCCAUUUAAUGAAUCAAAUAUAAAUGAGUUGUUACUGAGGCAAUCA